AUGCUCCACCGCGCAAUCUUCGGUUCGCUGGAGCGUUUCUUCGGCAUCCUGGUGGAGAACACCGCGGGCACCUUCCCCUUGUGGCUGGCACCGGAGCAGAUGCGGCUGCUGCCCGUCACCGACGUUGCCAGGGACUACUGCCUAGAGGUGCAGUCGAAGUUCAAGAAGGCCGGGCUCCGAGUGAAGGUGGACAGAGGGUCAGAGCGGUUAGCCAAGCAGAUCCGCACAGCAGAAAAGGAGCGCAUCCCGGUGAUGUCCGUUGUCGGCGAGAAGGAGGUCGCCGCGGGGACCCUUGCCGUUCGUUCAAGAGGGUUCGGCGACAUGGGGGACGUGCCCAUCGAUGAGCUGAUCGCCAGCAUGCUCGAGGCAGAUGCCGCCGCCAAGGAGCUGCACGAAUUCCUGGAGCCCAAGGCGAAGGAGGCGGCAGAAGCUGUGGACGUGUAAAAGUCUGACGGUGCCACUACGGCGGCACGGCAAUAAAACAGUCAGCCGUGUUGCGUGGCGCUUUGUACGGCAGAUCAAUAACAGAGCCGUGUCGUGUGAUGAAAACUGGAUCCACCUUGGCAUUUUCGUUGUAGGUUAUCUUCUUUGGGCGUGCAUGUGAGGUCUGUAGAAUUUUGGCGAUUUAUUUUUGUCCGCGAGGGGAAGACAUCUGGAGGGUGGUGAACGCUUCCUCCCGAAAUGACGUGUGUUGCUACAAUACACACGUGUGCUACGGAAUAUUAAUCUUCGCCGUGUUGGUGUUGUCGCCUGUCACAAGAGGACUGGUCGAACAGCAGGUUGUACUUGUAUGUGAUGAACUACUACUGUACGUGCCCGAACGAUUUCGCUUGUUGCUGAGCGGUGUUUCAUUGCUGGGGCUGACCGUGCCACUCAGUGUGAUCGAUGACGAACGUGGUGUCCGUAUCGGCAGAUGAAUAAAAAACGCGGCGUAAACUCGGCAAU